AGAGAGGAUAUCACUAGUGUUCUCCAGACUAACAGGCCCUCAACACCUGCACCCGCGUUAAAAAGAACCGCGUGUAAUUUGUUUUCCCCACGAACCAACGCAGAGCCGGGACCCAGCCGGGAGCGAGGCGUGGCUGUUCCGGUGCUAACGUGACGACUUCCAGGAAAGUCAGUUUUUCCUUCCCCUUCCCGCUCACCCCAGCGGAGAGUCCCGCUCCUCUGCUCGCCCUCCUCCCGCCCCGUGCCCGCCCAGCUCCCGCCGCGGGCCCCGCUGCCGCCUCACGGCGCCCCGGCACCGCGGCAUGGCGACGGCCGAGGAGCAGAGCCGCGAGUACCUGCGGCGGCACCGGCUGCCCGAGCUGCUGCACCGCCUCGGAGCGCUGCUGCUCUUCCACCGGCCCGAAAGGCCACGCGAGUUCCUGAUCCAGGUGCUGGAGAGGGUAAAGGCUGGGAGACGAGCCGAGGGCGAGUACCCGUUCCUCAUGGACGAGGCCAACGUGGACGCCAUGUUCAGCCUGCUGGAUGUCCUAGGCCAGGGCCACAUCAGGCCCGCGCAGUACAGGGAAGCUCUUAAAACUUUGGGACUGAGCACUGAGGAUUUGGAGCUAGAUGAUGAUGUGCUUAUCACACUGGAUGUAUUCAAGGAAGGAAUGAAGAAAAAGAUGCUGGAGAGCUGGUCUGUGUAUUAGUUUGAGCAGUGGUCUGCUAUAUAUAUAUUAAAAACAGGCAUCCUCCCCAGUUUUUCUUCUGGUUUGUCAGCUGUGAAGUGUUGAUUUUAAGCAAUACUCUCUAAUCUUCCCCGCCCUUCAGAGGAGCAAUCAGCUGAAAAGGACAAAUGACAACAACGUGUUCAUGUCAAGAAGGCACUGAAGGGAGUAUCUUUAAGAAUUGCUGUUCUUAGUACAAUUAGACAGUUAAAAAAAGAAGUAGAGAUGUCUUACGCAACUGAAAUAGUAUUUUGGAGUUUCCUCUUUCAGAUUAUAGUUUACAGUAAAGAAUUGUUACCUGUUGGCUCAUUACCACUGAAUAAAAUCAAGUUUGUUUUUGGGCUGGUG